AUGGCAUCCCAGCCUACCCCGCAAGGGGUCGACCAUCCCACCUUCGAUCCCCCUCCGUACAACCACGGUCUCUCCGUGCCAGGUCUCUACGAAUACCAAGCCAAGAACAGCCCCGACCAUCCCGUCUUCAAGUACGCACACCCCUCAGACGAAGCGGCUCAUCAUGUCACGUUCUCCGAGGCAUGGGACAAGAUAGGUGCUGUCGUCGAGGUUGUUUUACGACGGGUCUCAAAACCUUGUGAGAAGGCGUCCGACGCCAAAAGGCUCAUCGUCGGCAUACUUGCUAUAUCUGACACACUCAGUUACAUCUACACGCUAGUCGCCAUUAUGAGCUUGGGUUACACUGCUUUCCCGAUAGCGCACUCUCUCAGCGCGGACGCAGUCGCACACCUGCUCGAGGCAAAAGGUGUGAUGCAGCUUUGGGUCAGUGGAGACGAGAAGGUGCAAGCACUCGCACACUGUACGAUGGACAUGCUGGGCAAGAAAGGGAUCGCCCUUACGGUACUCCCAAUGGUCACGCCUCAGGAGUACGCCCAGCGGGGCAAGACCUCUACGUCAUGGGCCAGAGAAGUAGUGCGCAUUGCGGACGAUGAGGUGACCGUCAUAUAUCAUUCGAGCGGAAGCACUGGACUACCCAAACCUAUCCCCAUAACCGGGAGAGCCCUCGCCAAUGCGUGCAACACCCCUUGUUUUGGAGACCUCGAUUUGGCUGGAAAGUGCAUCGCCGCGCAUACUAAUCCUCCUUGUCAUGGAACCGGUAUCAUGACAAUGACGUGGCCAGCAAGUAUCUCUAACCACGAGCAAGUCUAUCUUAAGCUGAUUUAUAACAAACAGUUAGCAAGCGGCUUGAUAUGCGCACUCUAUCCACCCGUCUCUCCAUUGAUAGUCCCUACUCCGGCGAAUUUCCUCGUCGCUUGGCGGGCAUGCAAGUGCGACAUCGUGGUAUGCAUGCCUGUGUUCAUCGAGGCAUUGGUGCGCAAUCCUGCAAACCUCCCGGCUCUGAAAGCGCUAGACAUGCUCGUGUACACCGGCGCGACAUUGACCAAGAGCGUUGGAGACAAGCUCGUGCAAGACGGCGUACGGCUGCUGUCGAGCUGGGGAAGCACUGAGGUGGGUGCGGCUUCGAAGACAUUUCCGUGUGAAAUACCGGGCGAAGACUGGGAAUACUUCGAAUUCUCGCCGAGCAUCCCUUUCGUCAUGCGACCUCACGAGGGCGCGGAGCGAGUCUUUGAGCCCAUUAGGCCUGCCACUGAGACGUCCUACCCCAACGUCACAAACAUGGAACUGGACGGCCGUCCGGCAUGGGCGACGGGCGACCUCCUAGAGCAGCACCCGAAGAAACCGACACAUUGGAAGGUACUAGGCCGCAAAGAUGAGAAAAUCAUCUUUUCUACUGGGCAGUGUCUAAACCCUGUGCCAAUCGAGAACAUCCUUGCGCAGGACUUAAACAUUGGGACUGCAAUCGUCUUUGGGCAUGGCCGGAUCCGACUUGGUCUCCUCGUCGAACCGACGCAGGGCGAAAGGGGCUCCGAUGAUGGCAGCGAGCAGUGGGUCGAGAACUACAAAGACCUGAUCUGGCCUACCGUGGAAGAAGCAAACAAGCACAUUCGAGGCCCGUACGCGAUUACACGCAGGAUGAUCCUCGUUGCCUCCGCAGAGAAGCCGCUCGAGCAUACCCAGAAGUCGACAACCCGGCGCGGGUUAUGUCUGAAGCUAUACAAGACGGAGAUCGACGACCUGUAUGCCGUCCCCGAGUCUGAUGAGUCCCCGGUGCAUCGGGAGUUCCCAGGGCGCAUGUAG